CGCCCUGAUUGGCGGCGGCGCGCAAUGGCGGGCGGGCGAGUGUCCCGCGCCAGAGUGGCAGGGGAAGCUGCCCGGGGCUCCUUUCCCGCCGGCAUGAAGAGAAGCGGGAGCAACAGCGCCGGCGAAGGGAUGUCGGGCUGGGGCUGGGAGCGGGCGGCGCGGCUGUUCCUGUGCGCGGCGGGGCUGGCUCUCUCGGCCUACGCCUUCCACGUGGAGACGGCCAAGGAGCGCGACGCCGCCUACCGCGCCAUGUGCGACCUCAGCGCCAGCGUCAGCUGCUCCCGCGUCUUCACUUCCAGGUGGGGUCGUGGUUUUGGCUUGGUGGCAGGCCUCUUGGGAUCCGAUAGUGUGUUCAACCAGCCGAAUAGCAUCUUCGGGAUUGCUUUUUAUAUUCUUCAGGUCCUUUUGGGUUUCUCAACCAGUGGCUUGGCGGCCGUCGCUCUGUUGGGCUCAUCCUUGGUCUCCAUUGCUGGUUCGCUCUAUCUGGCCUACAUCCUCUUCUUCGUGCUCCAUGACUUCUGUGUGAUUUGUGUCAGUACUUACAUCCUCAAUUUCGCCCUGCUUUUUCUCAAUUACAAACGCCUUGGCUACCUCAACCGGGCCUGGCAACAUCAUCCAGCUAAGAUCAAGAAGCAGUGAAUAUAAAACCUGGAUCAUGCUAGAAUGGUGAAGCUUUAGACUGAUCUUUCUCAUCUUUCUAUAGGCUUUUUGUAUAGUAUAAAUUAGCUCCUUUAGCUUGUUUUGUCCUCUUCCCUCAAAUAAGUGAGACCAGAUUUUUCAGCAUUCCUCUUCUCUAUUCCUUUAGAUUCCAAUCACACUAGGACUCUGGGUUCUAUUUUGAGUCUUAGAUGGUUGCAUUGACCUACAGAAAUCAAGACCUUCUUUUUAAAAAUGUAUAUAUAUAAAGCUUAUUUUUAUAGGCCUUCAUAUAGGAACAAAAACAAUGCUAAAACAUAUCAGUUUGUGCAAAUAUAGCUACGGCUGGUUUUGCUUUUUCAAAUGGCAUUAAAGUGAGAAUUGUUGACCAUUUGAAAUAAAGUUGACAGUCAUGGGGAGGUCCUGAUUUUGGCAGGAAACACCUGCGAUUUUUAACCACACUAAACAUAAUUGAGAGUUUGCGAUCUUUUUAAUGGUACUCGAGAGUUUCCUGCCAAGGUCUCAGUCAAACUGUACAAAAAUGACAAUUUUUUUAAAAUACAAAAAUACGUUCUGACACUAAGUUUGGGAACCGCAGUACAAUUUCUCCUGGUUAGUGGUCACACUGAUGUUGUGUCCUGCCAAAUGACUUACUUAGUUGGAUUGUUUACGCAUUCCUUUGUCAAUUGAUAUUGUUUAGUAGUAUAGUCCCGUUGGUUUUGUUAGAAGAUAGUGAUCACAUUGUGGUGGUCCUAUAUGCCUUAAAGUCAUUUCCAACUUAUGGCAACCCUAAGAUAAGCCUAUAAUGGGAUUUUCUUGAUAAGGUUUGUUCAGAGGGGGGAUUCUUUUUUCCUGAGAGAGUAUGUGUGUCUACACUGCAGAAUUAACGCAGUGUGACCCCAUGCUAUAAAAUACUGGGAGUUAUGGUUUGGUGAAUCACCAGCACUCUUUGACAGAGAAAACUACAAAUCUUGUAAAACUGCAGUUCCAAUCAUUUCAUAGCAUUGAGCUAUUGGGGUUGAAGUGGUGUCAAACUGCAUUAAUUCUACAGUGUAGAUGCACCCUAUGACUUGCUCAAGGUCAGUCAUUGGAUUUUCCAUGGCUCAGCAUGGAUUCAAACCCUGGUGUUAAUCCACUACAUGGUCCCGACUUCCAUUGGGCCCAUACUAGUUGUCUCUUUAUCAAGAAGCUUUAGCUGUUUGUGCCCAUUUCAGAGAAAGGAAGACUCUUGAUUGUCUUCAUACAUUCUAAAUUUGAAUGGGAUGAGCAAACAAGCUAGUGUUUUCCAGGCUGCUUUAGACUACAGUUCCACACAGCCUUAGCCAAAAAAUGAGAAAACGCUAUUAAUUAUGAGAUUCAUAAACUUAACAUCUGGGGCACAAAGUGUAAUCAAAAAGCCUUUACUUGUGUUGAUGAAUUAAAGCUCUGGGUCCAAACAGACAGAAAAACAUGUGUACUUAAGAAGGAUUAAACCUGAAAUAAAGAGAAAGCACUAACUGGGA